AUGGUGACCUAUGCGGUUGGCAAGGCGGGCAUCCGGCAGGAGGCCUUCCUCGACUGGAUGGCCGAGCGGCUGCUUGAGAGGCUGCCCGAGCUCCCACCCGAGACGCUGGGCGUCAUUGUCAACGCAUAUGCGAGGCUCGAUCGGUUCCAUUCCGCCCUCUUUAAGGCCAUCAGCGAGCGCGUUGUCGCGGGCGAUGUCGAGGAGCUCAACCCCGUUUCGGUCACGCAGCUGGUCAACGGCUACGCGAGAGUGGAGUGCUUCGAUGCGGCGCUCUUCAAGGCGCUGGCUCGGCGGAUCCACGCCCUGCUGGACCACUUCUCUGCGCAGUCUUUGAGCAACAUUGUGCAUGGGUAUGCGCGUCUGAAGAUCCAGGACGUCAAGCUGUUUGUGGCUGUGGCGCGUGUGAUUCCCAAGCGGCUGGGUGAGUUUGAGCCGCAGGCCAUGGCGAUUACUGCCCAUGCCUACGCCAAGCUCAUGAUCCGGUCGGAGAUAUUGUUCCACCUCCUGGCCAACGAGAUACUCAACAAACUGCCCCUCUUCACCGGUCACUCACUGAGCGAACCGAACCACACAAACCAAGCCACACAUCUGUGUGUGUGUGUGUGGGUGUGGGUGUGGGUGUGGGUGUGUCUGUCAGGUCAGGGUCUUGGUUUGGUGCUCUACUCCUACGCCCGUCUGCACAUCGCCAACGCCAAGCUCAUCAGCGCCUCGCUCCGCUUCCUCAAACACCAAAUCGACGAGCUCUCCCGGCUAGAGAUCCUCACCAUCCGCCACGCCCUCCGCAAUCUGGGCGUCCUCGACGAGGCCCUGCAGUCGGCGCUUGAGAAGCGGCUGGCCGAGAUGACGCCUUUCCAGCCGUUCGAGGCGCUUAACGAGGACCUGCUGCAGAGUCUCGCCAACCGAUCUGAGGAGGAGGAGGACACUCUGGUGCGGAUGGAGGAGGGAGAAGGGGAGGCUGACGGAUGGGUGGAGCGGCAGCCUCCUCUCAGACAACGCAAGUACGCUGCUGCUGCUGCUGCCGGGGGUGGCGGUGGUGUUGGGGGUGAGGAUGCGUCAGGAGAGAUUCCGGUGGUCGUCUCCCGCUCUGGCGGCCGCAAAUCGUCACGGAGGGCCGCUGUGGAGAUGCCCGACCCCGCAGAAGACGACCCCUCGCACACGCCCAGCAUUGUCGACAUGUGGCGCCUCGGCGACAGCGAGUUCAGCCGAGCCCUGGACAGACCCACCCCGCCGUCAGCCAUCCGCACGUGGGCACAGCAGCAGCAGCAACAGCAAGGGGCAGCAGCACAGACGACGGGAGACACCGACACCCCACACCCAGGCCCCCAGCCGACACAGGGCAGCAUCAUGAUGGACGGAAUGGCCGGCCGCAAGCACAGAAAACGGCCCCAGAGGCUGUUCGGCCCUGCUGAUGUAAAGGUGCAUGAUAGUGUCGGUGUCGGUGUCGGCGUGGGUGCAAAGGGGUUGGAGGAGCAUCCUCCUCCGCGAGUGGGUCCUAUUGGUCAAGAGGAGGAGGGUUACGACGAUACGACGUGGGAGGGCGGGUAUGAGGACGUUGUUGGUGCCGAUAUGGGUGUGGGCGGUGCGAGGGGUGGUGUUGGGGGUACUGACAGGGGGAGGGGCAGGAAAUCGGCAAGGGGGAGGAAGGUAGAUGGGAUGUGAUGAUGCGCUGAGGGUUCAGUCAUGGCCACUGGUGGGUGAUGUGAUGUGAUGUGGUGUGAUGUGCUGUGUGUCACUUGUGUCAGUCAGUCAUAUCAUCGGGCGAGAGAUGCGAUGCGGCGAUGCGUAUUCGUGUGGCUCUUCUGAGAGGAUGACUGACCCACAUACUUGGCAGGCAGGCAGGCAGGCAGGCUGGCU